GUCUCACGCCGCCGCGCCGCUCACCACACGCACUCGCCACCACAACAAACAGUGCACAAUCUGUAAGACACGCUCACCAGAGUCCUAGGAAUCCUCAGCUGCCCACACCAUCCCCCUAUGCGGACAAAACCCCCAAGUGACGUGAAAUGUUCCCCAAAAGUGUUAUUUGACGCGAGUUUUAAACAUUUUUCGUGUUUUUCGUGACGUUCUAUAUUUCUUCAACAGUUUCACGAAAACAUGCUCGUAUUUGGAACUUUUAAAGUUAGUUUUUUGUUUUAACGCACGUGCAGUAUUAUUUUGACAAGCCGUGCGGCGUUGCAAGCGACCCACAGCCCAGUGAGAGUAGAGUCAGUCCGCGAGACCGCCGCCAUACACAGGAACCCGCCCGCAUAGGAUGGUAGAAACUGACCCCGGGCCCAAGAAAUCUCACAAUUGUGAUGUAAAAAGGGACCUCCAACUAAACGGCCCAGGUUCCAAAACCGCCGAGCUAGCCGUAGUACCGUCACUGAAGACGCCAGUCAAGCUAGACCCCGAGAAAGGACCCAACUCGGAGAAGGCUGACUUCGAAAAGGCCAUCGAACUAACUGGAUAUGGACGGUUCCACUACCUACUCCUGGCGGUGUGCGGCCUCGUCAGCACCUCGGAGGAGAUGGACGUCAUCUCUAUGUCGUUCAUCCUUCCUUCAGCGCAGUGCGACUUAGACCUCACCACACAGACUAAAGGAUGGCUGAACAGUAUAAUCUUCAUCGGCAUGAUGGUGGGCGCGUACGCGUGGGGCUCAGUCGCCGACUCGGUGGGCCGCAAGCGCGUGCUCAUCGCUAUCUCCAUCGUGAACGCGCUCGCCAUCGUCGCCUCGUCCUUCAGCCAGAACUACGAACUCUUCAUGUUCUUCCGCUUCAUCAAUGGUGCCGCUUUAGGUGGAUCAGGUCCCGUAAUCUGGUCUUACUUCGCGGAGUUCCAGCCGAAGAAGAAGCGAGGAGCCAUGUUGAGCUUCAUGGCAGCUUUCUGGACCCUCGGCAACUUGUUCGUCGCUGGUUUGGCGUGGGUGAUCAUCCCUAGCGAAAUCGGAGGUGAAACCAACGGCUUCGUAUACAACUCAUGGCGAAUCUUCUUGCUAGUAAUGUCACUGCCAUCUUUCGUGGUAGCCGCAUUGCUAUUCCUACUUCCCGAAUCACCCAAGUUCUUGAUUUCCACCGGACGCCAUGAUGACGCCUUGGAAGUAUUUAAAGGCAUCUACAUGAUGAACACGGGCCGCAGCAAGGAGGAGUACCCAGUCAAACAGUUGUUAGUCGAAGAACCCAUGCAUUCGAAGCCGGAGAAACAAAUUGAAUCUAAGGAGCCCAAGUCUAAAAUGAGGAGAAUGUUGAGUGACAUCGUUGAACACAGCAAGCAGUUGUUCGUGCCGCCUAUACUCAAGUUUACUAUGAUCUCGAUUACUAUCAACUUCACAUUCCAUAUUGGGUAUUACGGGCUCAUGAUGUGGUUCCCCGAGAUGUUCAACCGCUUCGACGAGUGGUCCCGCACACACGACAACGCGGAGGCCGACAUCUGCCAGGUCACGGCCUACGUCACGCAGCAGGGUACGCACUCCACCGCCGCGCAGUGCGACGCGCACAUACACUCCGACGUCUUCAUGGAGUCGCUCAUCACUGUCGCGGCCGCUAUCCCAUCUAAUAUAUUCGCCGUACUUGGGAUGGAUAGGCUCGGAAGAAAGUUCUUCCUUGUGUUCGCAACAUUCUCAGCUGGGUGUUGCUCAGCAGCUAUGUACUUCGUGUACAAUAAGACUAACAACUUAAUUGUAAGCGCCAUCUUCAGUUCAGUUAUAUCGUGCGGUAACGCCUCACUGGACUGUCUCAUCACCGAAGUCUUCCCUACCAACUUAAGAGCGACGGGUGUAGCGGUGUCGAUGGUGGCGGCCCGGCUGGGCGGCAUCAUCGGUAACGUGGUGAUCGCGGCUCUGCUGGACACGUACUGCCCCGCGCCCACCUUCAUCGUGGCCGUGCUGCUCGCGGGCGGCGGCCUCAUGUGCCUCUUCCUGCCCAACACCACGCGGCAGGCCCUCUCCUAACACCACUCACCCUCAGACGAUGCCCACGUCUCUCUUGCCUUACAAAAACAUUUAUAAUGUCAAAUCAAAGACUUUGAGAGAUAACGGCAUUCCAUCUGAGUCAUCUCGGCCUGCCAUGUGAUAUAUACCAUUAAUUUUAAGAUGUAAGCUAAUCUCAUCGAAGAUCCAUUGAUGUAACUAGUUUUUUUACAUAUUUGUACAAUAGCUUUAUAUUAAUUUAAAAAUGUUUUUAUUUAUGAAAUAAAUGAAAGUACGAACGAUACAUAUUACUAGUAAAUAAAGCAAUUGACUGUUGUAGGUUGUUAUAACUUAUUGCGUUAUACAUUUGUUUGAAAUUGCAAACCAGAUUAAAAGCGUUGCGUCAAUCUUUUAUUGGAUGAAGUAUUAUAGGAUAAGAAUCAUUCAUUACCUUGUUGUAUACUAUUGCAACUAUUUUAAUAUUACGAAUUUAUAAAUGACCAUUUGAUUGUUAUCGUAGUUUGUAGUUAUGUAGUGAAAUCAUUAAACACGAGUUGUGAUAUAAUUGUAUCAAAUCGUUAGCAUUGUAUUAAGUGCAUUUUGAAACUAAACAUCUUAUUAAUUACAAUGCAAUAUAUUUUCCUAAAUUGAUUUCAGGUUCUUAGUUUUAUGAAAUUAGUAAAAUGUCACCUGAUAAUGAAAUGAGUAAAUCAUCAAAGUUACCUA